CGCGAUUGCGCCGAAAGGCGACCUCGCGGCCAUCAGCCAUGAGAGCGGCGCCGAUGGUCGCGUAGACGCGCGUUGGUUGUCGACGACACGGUAUCGCGAAUCAUUUUUCGGAAGAGUGGAACGCAAAGUGAAUCGGCCGAUCGGAAACGGAUGACACGAUGACUGUCGUCGAGCUGAGCACGGAGCAGGCAUUUGACGACUUCGUCAAGUCCAAGGAGCUUUCCGUCGUGCACUUUCACGCGCCGUGGGCGGAGCAAUGUUCCCAAGUGAACGACGUGCUCGAGGAGAUGACCAAGCUGGAGCAGUACAAGGAAGUAAAGUUCGCCAAGAUUGAGGCGGAAAACGUGCCGGAGGUGUCCCUGAAGUCUGGAGUAGCUGUCGUGCCCACGGUCCUUCUGCUGCGGAACAGCGGUGUGAUAGGCAGGGUGGACGGUGUCGAUGCGUCCGCGUUGACCGAGAAGAUCAAGCAUCAUCUGAACAACAAGGACGCCCCGCUGCUCGACGCGGCGAAGGCCAAGGACUCUCUCGAGGAUAGACUGAGGAAACUGGUGAACCAAGCGCCGUGCAUGCUGUUCAUGAAGGGGAACCCGGCGAAUCCGCGGUGCGGUUUCUCCAGAACGAUCGUUUCGAUUCUGGACGGUUACAAGGCGGAUUACAAGUCGUUCGACAUAUUGCAGGACAAUGAUGUUAGGGAAGGACUCAAAAAGUUUAGCAAUUGGCCGACGUAUCCGCAAUUGUACCUGAACGGAGAACUGAUCGGUGGUUUGGACAUAGUGAAAGAGAUGAACGAGUUGGGCGAGCUAGAGAGUAUGCUACCAAAGAAAGAGAGUGUAGAUGCCAAGUAGACUGUUACGUUUAAUGGGAUUUUCUUUUGCAUUGAGUUCCGCGUACAAAUAAUAUAUAAAUAUUAUUUUUCCAAGCAGCUUCUACUGUAACUGUCAUCUUUUUAAUGUUAUUUCGUAAUAUUUCGCUUUUGGAAAAAAAAUUACAAAUUCUGUUCGCGCAAUAAAUUUUACAAUGGAUUAUAGUUAAAAAAAAACUAUUAAUAUUCCACUAUUUUCAAACCAUUCGCCUGUCUUCCCCAUCAACCUAUUUUCAACCAUUCACUUUAUACUCAUUCAUUUAUGAUCUUUAACUAUUCAAUCAAUUUGUACAAAACUGCAGCAUAAGGUGAGAAUAGGAAUUGAACCCACCGACUAUCAGUCAAUUGUUCUCAAAGCCACACGUCAUCCUAUUAUUUUCACUUCUAUUUUAUUAAAAAGAACAAAAAAAAUCAAAAUUAUAAGUAAACAAGAUCUUCAAUUGUAUAAUAAAAAUUGCUAAUAAUCGGAUUCUUCAUCCUUAUGUUAAAUAUUGUUUAAUUUUA